AUGAAGUUCUUGUGGUUAAUCGUUCUAUUCGUUAUCGGUGCAUUCUCCGUCGAAGCUAUACCGUCUCCUCAAGUGAUGAUCACUCAGAUUCCGUCCCCGAAUCGAGUGACCCCGGUGCCAACGUUUCGAAAGCCGGAAAAUUCGUCCACCCCAUCAUCCCCAACCCCGUCCUCAUCUAAGUCCCCCUCAGCGGUCAAAACGAUGGAGCAAGACCUGAAACGGGUGGCCAUGCUGGGGAUUCUGUUCGGAGCGGUCCAAGGCGAAGCCGAAAUGGAAAGGAAACUGAACCGGCAGCUGCAGGACCUCAGUCGGACCUUCGCGGUGAUGAAAUUCGACGCCAAGACACGCAAGGUGGCCGCCCUCGAGCGCACCAUGGAACGGGACCAGGUGGCCCUCGGCAUUCUGAACGGAGCGCUGGAUUUGGCCACCAAAACGAUGACCUACGAGCAGUACAGGCGUGAAAUGAGAAAACUGUCCGAGCGCGAGAAGCAAACUGCUGGGGCGUCGCUUCCCCUAUUGCGAAAAAAUCCCGGCACUAUAAACCCGAACCAGACAGACUACGACCUGAAACAGAUCAAGCGGGAGGUUAACCGCCACAUCAACCGUAUGCGCCGCAGCCUUUCGACCAAAAUCAAGGAAACUAUCCAGUAUCUGGAGAGUACCGACGCUCUAGCCACAAUGGAUCAAGUGGAUACAGCGGCGGUGAAAGCCAAGAUAACCAUGGGCGGAACGAAUCGAAUGCCGGAUUACACCUUCUACGAGGCGGUUGUUCAGCGGGAUCUGGAAAAUCACAUCGAUGCACUGUUCCGGCGCAGACAGGACGAUGACGAUGAGGGGGAAGGCGGUGGCGAUGGUGCCAAGGGAAAAGACAGCAAAGAAAAUGGCAUUUCGGUUUCCUUGGGAGGUGAAGAUGAGUCGGAGUCAGAAUCGGAAGAAGAAAUGCCCGGAGGAUUGGUGGGAUUGAUUGCUAAUCUGAGUGGAGGAGACGAGGGAUCGGAUGUAGGGGCUUUGGUGGGAGCGCUGUCGGCUGCAAUUACGAAUAUUUUCGGGCCUGAUGGAUUAGACGUGCCUGGGUUACUCGGAACGGGAGCUGGUCUUCUUGCUGGAUUGCUUGGGGGAGACGAAAACUUUGGUAAAGUCCUUGGAGGCUACGUGGGAAUUGCCAUCGAAGGAUUCUCCGGCGGAGGCGCUGACAACAACGGCGCCUUCUUCGGCAACUUUCUGGGUUCGGUCAUUGCGGCACUGAGUUCCGUGAGUAGUAAAUCUCCGCCCCGGAUUGCAAUCCUAUAUGUAUCUGUUAAUGAGCCUACUCGUCACCUGAAAUGGCCCAGUUAA